AUGAAAUGUACUAAUUGUGAGGAAAAACCAAGAAUAAAAGCUGCAAAAACUGGUCAAUUAUUUUGUGCUCCAUGUUUUACUGAUUGGUUUGAAAAGGAUGUUCAUGAAACAAUAAUUAAAUGUGAACUAUUUAAAAGAAAUGAAAAAAUUGCUAUUGGUGCAAGUGGUGGAAAGGAUUCUAUUGUUUUGUCACAUAUAAUGAAACGUCUAAAUGAUCGUUAUGAUUAUGGAUUGAAUUUUUACCUUAUUUGUAUUGAUGAAGGAAUAAAAGGGUACAGGGAUUUUUCAAUAGAAUCUGUUCUUAAAAGUGAAAAAGAUCUUGAAAUUCCUUUGAUUAUUUUGUCAUACAAAGAUCUUUAUGGUUGGACCAUGGACGAUAUUGUAGCUAAAAUUGGAAAGAAAAAUAACUGUACAUUUUGUGGUGUUUUCAGAAGACAAGCUUUAGAUAGAGGUGCACAAAAAAUUAAUGCUAAUAAAUUGUUGACUGGCCAUAAUGCAGAUGAUUUAGCUGAGACAGUUUACUUAAAUGUUUUACGUGGUGACACAGCUAGACUUCAAAGAUGUGGUGCAAAUAUAACAGGAAGUGAAGAUUCACUACCUCGAGCAAAACCUUUAAAAUAUUCUUAUGAAAAAGAUAUUGUUAUAGGAAAUGUUAGAACAUUAAUAAAAGAUUUAGAAGCUAUUAGGCCUCGAACAAUUAUGGAUCUUAUUCGUUCUGCUGAAGAAUUAACUUUAAAAGAUAAUGUCUCUGUACCGGAUUUAUUAUUAUGCCAAAGAUGUGGAUAUAUUUCCAGUCAAAAAAUUUGUAAAGCUUGUCUUUUGUUAACAGGACUUGAAAAAGAUGAUCCUAAUAUAGGCAUUACUAAGAAAAAAAAAUGGAAAGCUGAAAUUCAAAUUGAGAAAGAAUCACUUGAAGUUGAUGGAAAAACAGGUCUAAGCUCAUGUAUGUCUAAAGAUGAAGGAAAAUCAGCUUGUGAAUGUGCUCAGCAAAAUUUGGAUUUUUAA